CUUCAAACUUGCCGUCGCUCUGUUACCAGUCUGAUCCCAGUCGCACAGUCUGUUGUUUUUUCCUCCUUCCUCGGGAUUUGAAUUUUUUAAAGUGACAAACUGCUUUUAGUAAUGUGUUAAAGAGUGCGGCUCGGCGGCUCUACACCGGGAGGAAUUACCGUGUUUUCUUCGUCUUUGGUUGAAAAACAGCGGGGGGAAAUGUCCAGCUGAGGGUUGGAAAUCCUGAAAACCGCAGGGCCUGUUUUUGUAAUGAUUGAUCAAGGCUUCGACAAUGGCGGUAAAGGCAAAAGUUUUAUAUGAUUUCACUGCUGAGCCUGGAAACAACGAGUUGACGGUGAAAGAAGGCGAGACAGUCACUAUCACCAAUCAGAAUAUUGGAGGCGGCUGGAUUGAAGCACAGAACUCCAGAGGGGAUAUUGGACUGGUGCCGGAAGACUACAUUGAGGUCAGUAAGCAGUUUCCAUCAUUCCCAGGAACAGGAGUCCCAGCACCUACGUCGAGUGUUGGAAAUGAAGCAUAUCAAGACCUCUCCAUCUUUGAUGCCUACGCUCCCCAACCAACACCUGCACAAAACCUGGUGGAUGCUGGGGGCUUAAGUCCCCAGCCGGACACCCCUGACACCCCAGUUUCCCCCUACCUUUCGUCCCCCGAUGAGGCUAGUAACGGUAAUGAUCCCUGGUCAGUGUGGAACGCAGAGAACUCGAGCGGCGCAAACAACAACAACUGGGCAUCCAAUCCAGAGGGCACCCAGACGGGGAGGAACGCUGCUGACCCCUGGGGCCAGGGCCACCCUCAGGCUUACCAGGGUCCAGGAGCCGACGAUGAUGAGUGGGAUGAUGAGUGGGAUGACGUGAAGUCCACUGCAGGCUAUGCCGAGUCAGAAUCUGGAGAAAGCGGAGCAAUACAGAGAGGAGGAGCUCAUGCAACUUCAAUGAAAAUCUCCCUGAACAAGUUUCCUGGCUUCUCCAAGUCUGGUCCAGAGCUCUACCUCCUAUGCAAGCAGUUUGCCAAAGGCAAAGACAAGAUAUCGAUCUAUAUUGGAGAAGUUGGUCCAGUGUGGUCUUACCCAGAAACUCAGCUGGACUGUGUGGUGGCCGAUCCCAAGAAAGGCUCAAAGAUGUACGGCCUCAAGAGCUACAUCGAGUACCAAAUCACACCCAGUACCACAAACCGACCAGUCAAUCACAGGUACAAGCACUUUGAUUGGUUGUAUGAGAGGCUGCUUGACAAAUUUGGGUCAGCCAUCCCCAUCCCCUCUUUACCAGACAAGCAGGUCACAGGGCGAUUUGAGGAGGAGUUUAUUAAGAUGCGUAUGGAGCGGUUGCAGGGCUGGAUGACCAGGAUGUGUAGGCACCCGAUUAUUUCCAGCAGCGAAGUAUUCCAGACUUUUCUCACUUACAAGGACGAGAAGGACUGGAAGAUGGGGAAGAGAAAAGCAGAGAAGGAUGAGACGGUGGGAGUGAUGAUAUUCUCCACGAUAGAGCCUGAAGCACCAGACCUGGAUCCCGUGGAAGUGGAACAGAAAUGUGAGCAGUUCAGCAGGUUUACAAAAGCCAUGGAUGACGGAGUAAAGGAAAUCCUCACAGUGGGCCACGAGCACUGGAAGAGGUGUACAGGCCCUUUACCAAAAGAGUACCAGAGAAUCGGCAAAGCCUUCCAAAACCUCUCCUCUGUCUUCACCAGCAGUGGAUACCAAGGCGAGUCAACCCUCACUGAUGCCAUGACAGCAGCAGGCAAAACGUAUGAGGAGAUAGCUCAGUUGGUGGCAGAGCAGCCAAAGAAAGACCUCCACUUCCUCAUGGAGACAAACAAUGAAUAUAAGGGUCUCCUUGGAUGCUUCCCGGACACCAUCGGAGUCCAUAAGGCAGCCAUAGACAAGGUGAAGGAGGCCGACAAGCUGGUGGCCACCAGUAAAAUUACCCCUCAAGAUAAAGUCACCAUGGCUAAACGAGUCAGCACCAUGUCUUACACAUUACAAGCUGAGAUGAACCACUUCCAUAGCAAUCGUAUCUAUGACUACAACAGGGUCAUGCAGUUGUACUUGGAGGAGCAAAUCAAGUUUUACGAGACGAUUGCGGAGAAACUGAGACAAGCACACAGUCAGUUCACUACAAUGUGAAAACAAGGGCCUUCAGUCUCGCAAGAGGAGUUAAACCAGCUCACCAUCCAAAAUGUUUUUUUUUUUUUUUUGCUUACUCUGUGCUCUUUUCCCUCCCUAUAAUUUAAAUUUCACUUCCCUCUUGCUCUCACUCUUACCUCCCUCAUCUUUGUUGCUCAUGGCAACAGUCCCGGUUCAUGGUGUCACUUGCAUGCACAGCUCCCAGUAGAAGUUAAUGUGCAGCAGCUGAAAAGGCUUUGACAUCAGUGUGUGUGUGGUUUUUUUCUUUUAAGUGCCAGCAAUGAGAGCAGAACAAGACGCAGUAUUUACACACACACCCUUUCUUCUGUCCAAGCUCUGCAGCCUUUGACACAGGAAGUGACAGAGUCACAGUUUGUGGCCAUGAAUCGCUACAAUGCGAGUGAGUCCAAGCUUCUCAAACAUGGUGCAGAGUUUUUCAGCUAUGGGUGCCAUCAUAUGCUCACAUUUUAUCUGCCAGUUUUAAGCAAUACUCUGCAGUUUUUCUAUUCAUUUUUCCAUGUUAAAAAUAGUAAAAGAAAUGGUUUGUACACAUUCUGUUGUCUGCACAGUGAUGUAGUGAUGCACUGACACCGAAAAACCAAAGCCGUCAGCCCUUGUUGGGUUGAUAUCUGAAUGCAACAUUGACAGCAAACCAGAGCUUUACUGUCUUUUCUUCACCCAACAUUAAGCCUGUCUAAAUGAUCAUACUAGUAUCACUAACGCUUGAGCGAGUCCUAACAUCUUCAGUCGACCAUUCCUUUCUGAAUCCGAGUCUUGGAAGAGCUGAGAAGAGGCAGAGUGUGUGUCCUGUGUGUGUCCACCCUAGUGCCCUUUCAUCCUGCACUUCCUCAAGAGCUAACAGGAAGCUCCACCUCCUUCCUGUCUUGCUCAUGUGCCUUGCCCCUUUGAGAAAAUAGAAAUGGUUCACUAAGUUGCCUUCCCCCUCUCCCAGCCUACGUAUCAUGAUAGUGCAGUUUACAUUUGAGGAGAGCAGACAAACUGGCAUAAAUGACACAACUCAAGUUGGGGUUCAUAUUUUUAAGCGCUGGUGGUGGUGGUGGUGGUGGUGGCGGUGGCGGUGCCAAACAUGAUUUCGCUCUCCUGGUUCUCCUGAAGAAUAUUUGUGUUUGUUUUGUUUUGACACGAUUACGGUGUUUUAUAUGAAGGUCUAACUGUAAUGUUAAAUGUAAGAGUCUGUACUAUAAGGAGAGUUUGGGAUGGAGCCAUGGAUUAUGUCAUGUAUGCAGUUUUGCUUUUGAUUUUCACCGCUCAGUUUUCAAUCAGUCUCUAAUCUUGUUCACUCUUCUUUCUUAUCACUUGAGACAUGAAAAAUAUUCAGAUAUAUAUAUAUAUAUAUGAAUAUUCUAUUAGACCAUUCAGGUUCUUCUUGUCAUUGAGAUACUAUUUUAUGUAUAGAAGUAUUUGCAAUACAGUGUAACUCAAAGAGGAGCAGAAAUUCUGUUUGAUUUAUUAAACAAUGAUUUGUACUCAU